AUGUCAUUGUCGAUGUAUGGUACCGAAUUACCAUUUCGUCAAAGUGUUGAAAAAAUUCCAUCCGAACGAACAGUUCAGGAUUUAACUAUAAUUAAUACAUAUUUGAAACAUUUGGAAGCAUUAUCAAUACUUCGUGAAUCAAAUAUUCGUCAUUUGUGUAAAACAAUUCGUUAUGAAAAAUAUGAUGCUCAUCAUGCUCUAUUCAGUCGUGGUGACUUGAAUACCUGUUGGUAUAUACUUUUAUCCGGCUCUGUCUUUAUCGAGUCUACAAUGUAUUUACCACGAGCAAGUUUUGGUAAACGAACUCCUAAUAAUCCAUAUCGAACAAAUGAAUGUGUAGUUUUAGAACCAACUGAAUUACUUAUAAUUGAUUAUCCAUCAUUAGACAAUAAAGAAUUAUCAAUGAAAACUGAUAGUAAACAUAAUCAAGAUCACGAACAAUCUAUAAUUGAUGAUGAAGAACCGCAAGGAACAAUGACACUUAAUCGAAAGAAGAGUUCACGUAUUAGACAACGUUCAAUAACAGUUUGUCAUUCAAAUGAUAUUCAUUCAUCAAUGAUACGUAGUUCACAUUCACGUGCUAGUGAUACAUCAAGUGCAUAUUCAGGCUCAGAUAUCAUGCAAUCAUCAACGAAUGGUGAUGAUUGUUUGAUGAUAACAAAUGAAACUGAUGAUGAAUCAGAAGAAUCAUCAGAACAUUCAUUACCUGUUCGUGAUCAUAUACGAGAAGUAUUAAUGAAAGAUGCAAAUGAAAGAACGGAUGAUGAUAUUGAAACUAUUCUAGAAUUUCUUAUACAUUUUCCAGCAUUUGCUGAUUUAACUUUACAUGUACGACGUGAAUUAUGUAAAGUACUUGUUUAUGCACAAGUUGAAAAAGCUCAAACUGUUGUUAUGAAUGAUGGUGAACGUUAUGAUUCAUGGUCAGUUAUUAUUAAUGGUAUUAUUGAUGAUGAAACUAUCAAUGGACAACCAAUACGUACAUUAACUGUUGGACAAAGUUUCGGUUGUGGUCCAACACUUGAUCAAUAUUGUCAUAAAGGUAUUAUGAAAACUCGAGUAGAUGAUUGUCAAUUUGUUGUCGUGGCACAAAAUGAUUAUUAUGCAAUAUUAAAUCAAGGUGAAAAAGAUGUUCGUAAAAUUGAAGAAAAUGGAAAAGUUGUUAUGGUUAAAGAAAUACGUAUUGAUGGUGAAGAACAUAAAAUUCCACGCGAAAUUGUUAUUAAGGCUACAGUAGAGAAAUUACUUGAUUUACUUCUUGAUGAACGUCAAUUAAUUGAUGAUCCUAAUUAUGUUGAAGAUUUUCUUUUAACUUAUCGAACAUUUAUUCAUGAUCCAAUAACGAUAACAAAUAAAUUACUUGAAUAUUUUAAUAAAAAUCUUAAUUCAACAUUAUCUGAACAUAUAGCACGUGUUAUUUUAUCAUGGAUUAAUAAUCAUUAUAAUGAUUUCGAAUCGAAUUCAAAAUUAAAUGAUUUUCUAGAGAAAUUUGAUGAUCUAUUACAACAUUAUGAUGGAGAAUUUAUGCGAUCAUGGAAAUAUUUACUUAAUUUAGCUUGUUUUACAAAAGCUAGUAUACGUACAGUUACAAUAACACGAUCGACACGUGAUGAUAUAUUAAAUUUUAAUAUUCUCGGUGGAAGUGAUACAUUAACGAAUAAUGGAAUUUUUGUAUCGAAAGUUGAACGAAAUUCUAAAGCGUAUGACGCUGGUUUACGACGAGGUGAUCAGAUUCUUAGUGUCAAUGGACAAUGUUUUGAUUAUCUUGCUCAUGCUCGUGCACUUGAAAUUCUUCGUGGUUCUACACAUUUGUCAUUGACAGUCAAAAAUAAUUUAAUGGGUUUCAAUGAAAUAAUUAAUCCAGAAAAAUCACCUGUUCGUAAAAAACGUCAUGAUAUAUCAUUAUAUGAACAAGAAAUUCGAAAUAAAUUAAAUGGUUCAUCACCAAUACGUUCACAAUCUAUAAUAACACCAACAACAUCACCUAUCCUACCAAUUAGUCCAUCUGAUUCUUCACAUCAUCAAUCCCGAUUACCAUUAAUAACAAUAACUACACCAACGAAAAAUAUUCCAAUAAAUUCUGAAAAAAUUAAGCCGCGUCCAUUAACAAAACGUAUGGGUUUAAAACGUGCUGUUAUGCAAAAAUUAAAGAUUACAAAAAAUAACAGGUAA